AUAAAACCAUAAUAUGUAUGACACUGAAGUUGCAUCAUAAAACCAUCAUUUCUCAUCUGAAAGACCAAAACACCUCCUCCCUCCGCUUUCACUGUUCGUUGUCAUGUCGUCCGGAGAAGGUACUUCGCACAACCGCACAUCCCUCGACAAGAGACCGAUCGAAACGUGCCAUAAAGAUUAUCAGCGUUCGGUAUAUCAGCGUUCGGUAUAUCAUUCAAAUGAAUCAGUUGGUAAGAAGUAAACGGUAUGAUGAUGAUCAGUUUGAGCAAGUGGAAGCCAUCUGCGACGUUCUCAUCGCCGCAGAGAACCGGCUUCCAAACGGGUUAAAGGAUUAUUACGGCAUGAUUAGGGCGAACCGAUUCGGACCGGUUUUAUUGGAGGACUUCGAGAAAUUGAUGAAGCUUCUUGAUAAGACGCAUAACCAUUUCCCAUUUAGCCAAGAAGCUGCUGAUAAAGCCUCGCUAGCUUGGUCUUUGCUGUCUAAGCCACCCAUCAAGGCCCAUUACGAUCUCGCUAUCUUCGCAUUUUGCGGAGAGUGUAGCAAAGGAAAACGAAAGAUGGGUUUUCAUGAAUCCUUUAUCCCCAAGAAACAAAUUGAGGUGGUGGUUAUUUCUGAUGACGAUGACGACGACUACGACGAUCGAGUACGGCCAUAAGAUUAUUUCAAUGGCUCGAACUGCGAGACUAUGCGU